CCUUGUGGGUCGACGCACCGGGUCCGGCGGGGAACUCGGCCCGCGCGCGGCAGCCGGACCUCGGCGUCUCCGGACCCCGCCGGCGGCCGCGAUGGCCGCGGCGACCGUGGAGAGCUUCGUGGCCAAGCAGUUGGACCUGCUGGAGCUCGAGAGAGACGCGGAGGUCGAGGAGCGCAGGUCCUGGCAGGAGCACACCUCCCUGAAGGAGCUGCAGAGCCGCGGCGUCUGUCUGCUGAAGCUGCAGGUGUCCAGCCAGAGGACCGGGCUGUACGGACGGCUGCUGGUCACCUUGGAGCCCCGGAGAUGUGCGGCCGCCCUGCUUCCCAGCCACAGCUUUACCCCGGGAGACAUAGUGGGUCUGUAUGGGGCGAACGAAGAGGGGCAGCUGGCCACCGGGAUCCUGACCCGGAUCACCCCGAAAUCGGUCACGGUGGCCUUUGAGGAGACCCGGGACUUGCAGCUGAGCUCGCACCGAGAGACUCCCUACAGACUGCUGAAGCUCGCCAACGACGUCACCUACAAGCGUCUGAAAGAAGCCCUGCUCGCCCUCCGGAAGCUCCGCGCCGGCCCCGCCUCCCCGCUCGUUGAGGUCCUGUUCGGGGGCUCGGCCCCCAGCCCCGCCCGGGACGCCGGCCCCCUGACCUUCAUGAACGCGUCCCUGGACGCCUCCCAGCAGGAAGCGGUUUCGUUUGCACUGUCCCAGAAAGAGCUGGCCAUCAUCCACGGCCCCCCCGGCACCGGGAAGACCACGACGGUGGUGGAGGUCAUCCAGCAGGCGGUGAAGCAGGGCCUCAAGGUGCUGUGCUGUGCACCCUCCAACGUGGCCGUGGACAACCUGGUGGAGCGGCUGGCGCGGAGCAGGCUGAGGCUGCUGCGCCUGGGCCACCCCGCCCGCCUGCUCGAGUCCAUCCAGCAGCACUCGCUGGACGCCGUCCUGGCGCGGGGCGACGGUGCCCGCGUGGUGGCCGACAUCCGGAAGGACAUCGACCAGGCCUUGGCGAGAAGCAGGAAGACCCAGGACAAGGGCGAGAGGAGCAGUGUCCGAGACGAAGUCCGGCAGCUGAGGAAGGAGCUGAAGGCGAGGGAGGAGGCGGCCAUGCUGCAGAGCCUCCGCUCGGCCGACGUGGUCCUGGCCACCAACACGGGUGCGUCCUCGGACGGCCCCCUGAGGCUGCUGCCGGACGGCUCCUUCGAUGUGGUGGUCAUCGACGAGUGUGCCCAGGCCCUGGAGGCCAGCUGCUGGGUCCCCCUGCUGAAGGCGGGGAAGUGCAUCCUGGCGGGCGACCACAAGCAGCUGCCCCCCACCAUCACCUCCCGCAAGUAGGUGCCUGCCCCCAGCAGCGGCCCGGGGUGGCGAGUGCCCCCAAGGGCGGCCCCCGCCGCCGUCCCCGGCGCCCAGGGCACGUUGGGUGGUGGUCUCCGGUGGGCCGGCCGCUCCUGGCUGUGCUGGCCGGCGGCCGGUGCUUGGACGGCAGCCCAGGCGGGCGCAGUGCUGACCUGCGUUGACCUCCCCGGCGUGGCUGCGACGGAGGACACAGGCACGGCCCUGCUGCUGGUGGACACGGCCGGCUGCGGGCUGCUCGAGGUGGACCGGGAGGACGAGCAGUCCAAGGGGAACCCCGGUGAAGUGCGCCUGGUCAGCCUGCACGUCCAGGCUCUGGUGGACGCCGGGGUCCCGGCAAGGGACAUGGCCGUCAUCACGCCGUACAACCUCCAGGUGGACCUGCUGAGGCAGAGCCUGGCGCACAGGCACCCUGAGCUGGAGAUCAAGUCCGUGGACGGCUUCCAGGGCCGCGAGAAGGAGGCCGUGGUCCUGUCCCUCGUCAGGUCCAACAGGAAAGGCGAGGUGGGCUUCCUGGCCGAGGACCGGCGCAUCAACGUGGCGGUGACCCGCGCGCGGCGGCAGGUGGCCGUCGUCUGCGACUCGCGCACGGUCGGCGGCCACCGCCUCUCGCGGAAACCUUCCGAGGGCUCGGGGACCCCGGGGCUGGCUCCCAGCGGCUGUCGGACUCCCGAGCGCGGGGACAAGUGUGGACACCCCAAGUGGGAGGGCACAGCGCUCUGGCGGGGAUCUCACCACCUGUGCCCGCCAGGACCGGCUGCCCUGGACCUGCCCGCCGAGCUGGACUUCGACGCCCUGGUCUCAGCUGCCGUGAAGGCGGAUAACACCUGCGGCCUCGCCAGCUGCUCGGCCAGCGUGGCCACCCUGGGCCAGCUCUGCCCGCACUGCGGCCGCCGCUACUGCCUCAGCCACCACCUGCCCGAGGUCCACGGCUGCGGCGAGAAGGCUCGUGCUCUCGCCCGGCAGCGGCUGAGCCGGGAAGGGGUCCUCUACCCGGGCAGUGGGACCAAGGACCGGUCCCUGGACCCAGCCAAGCGGGCCCAGCUGCAGAGGAGGCUGGGUAAGAAGCUGGACGAACUGACCAGCCAGAGGAAGAGCAGACGGAAGGAGAAGGAGAAGUGAGGGCCCAGAGCCCGUGGACAGUGUGCCGGGCAGGCAGGGCCACUCCCCGUGACAGCGAGCCCAGCCCGGUGGGCAGCCGGGCGCUGCCGGUGCCGGAGCCCGCUGCCAGGCGCCGUCAGGGAGGCGGGCUGCGUCGGCCCCGAGGGCUCGUCCCCGGGCCAGGCCUGGCAGGCUCCACAGAGUCGCCUUGCUGGGGGGGCUCCCGGCCUCCCGACUGUCUCCUGUUCCCUGGGGGCUCAGCUCCCUCCCGGGGGCGCAGCCCGUCCUCGCCGGAGCCGGGCCGCAGUGAGCCGAGUGGCCGUUGGGUCCACAGGUGCCGCCCAGGUGCCCUCCCCCGGCCACCACCCCUGCCGCAGACCAGAGACCCUCAGGGUGUGCUGGGCAGCCUCGGCUCGCCGCUGUGCAGGCUUCAGGGUGUUCAAGAGCCAAAUAGAAGGCCCUGCGCGCAGCCACAGCAAGCCGCCUGGUGUCUGAACGAGCGUCCUCCCGCGCCGGUGCCCCCUCCCCCGGCUCAGGGCGGCUGGCACCUCCCGUCAUGCCGGUCCGGGGGUGGGUGGGGUGCGCGUGCCCGUCCUGCCCACAGAAGCUCCAGAUGAGCGCUCGAGGGGAGACCCAUGGGGAGCUGGGGGGUGGGCCCCAGCGGCUGCCAGCCCUCUGCUCCGCCCAGGCCCUCCCUCCGCACCCGAGCCAGGCCU